ACACCGCUCGGCGGCCUGAAGGGUGCGUCGGAGCAGCACCCGCGCGCCACCUCGCGGCCCUACAGGCCACAAGGCCACCACCCAUUGCCCCGGAGCUGCCAGGAACCGCGGCGCGUCCCCGGGGCCAGGUCGAAGCGCCGGAUUUUCCAGCUGCGCUGUCGUCUCCGAACUCGCGGGCUGGCGCCCAGGUGGAAGAGCCGAUAUAUUCCGACUCGAACCCUCUAGCCCGGGAGCACCCCAGCCCCGGAGUAUCCACACCCCGGACCACCCUUACAGUGGGAGGCCUUCGCGAUCAAGAGCAUACCCCAGACGAGGAGCAUCCUGGAUUGGAGCACCCCCGACCGGGAGCAUCCGUCCUACGUCGAGGACACUAGGCGGGACCCAGCGCAGCGCCCCACCCUCUCCUCUGCCAGCCGAGUUUCCUGCCUACGGCUAACAGACACCUUUCCUUUCUUCUUACUUUCUGGUCUUUUUCUUUGUUCAAACUUCUCUAGCUGCCUAAUCUCUUUAAUGACAUUUGUGGCUCCUCUCUUUCGUUGCUUGUUACAGCGCUAGCGGGGGCAGCCUAUGGCGGUUUGUCACCUGCUUCCUGAACUGUCUCCCCCAUCACCACCUGUGUGAAGGUGGGACAGCCGCCCCUGCCCCAGCCUCCACGACGCCAGUCUGAAGGAAACUUUUUGAAAGCAGAAUCCUAAACAUGCAUUGUGGACAACUACUCUUGACAUUUUUGGUUCUUAUAUUUAUAAGCACCACAGAAGAAACCUGUUAUCUACGUGAUAUCAUCACUGUAGUUGAAGGAGAGCCUUUCUAUCUGAAAUAUUGCUCAUUGUCACCUGAACAUAAGAAUGAAACAGCCACCAUAAAAUGGUUCAAAUGCACUGAGUCACAUGGGCAUGUUGAGCUAAGCUCAAGCAGCUCUCCCAGAAUUACUCUCCGUGAUUACGUUUUGGAGUUCUGGCCAAUCGAGUUGAAUGACAAUGGAACUUAUGUUGUCCAAAUGGGAAAUCAUACUAAUAAAUGGAAAUUAAAUGUCAUCAAAAGAAGUAAACACAGCUGUUUUGCUGAAAAACAAGUAAUUGGUAAACGUGUGGGAGUUAAAAAAUCUUUGCGGAUAACCUGUAACAAUAGUUUCUACAAAGGACUGAUCAACAGAACAUCAUUGUAUAAGAACUGUGAAAAGAUAGAGAACAAUAAAAAACCAUUUUUACAUAAGAAUGCUGAGUUUGAAGAUCAGGGAUAUUACACCUGUAUGUUUUUCCUUUAUCAUAAUGGAAAACUAUUUAAUGUCACUGAAACCUUCAAUGUAACAAUAGAAGCAGAAGCUUUACCAAGAACAUAG